CCACCCUCGCACCGGAAGUUGAGGUUUUGUCUUUGCUAACAAUUCCUACUAUUCACUGUGUUUAUGUCAGUGGUUCCUACCUGCAAGUUUAUGAUGUCCACGUAUAAAACUGUAAUUUGGCCUAAAGUGAUUUUAUUUGGGGACUCCAUCACACAGUUUUCAUUUCAAGCCAAUGGUUGGGGUGCAGAAAUUGCCAACAAACUAGCGAGAAAGUGUGAUGUUGUAAACAGAGGACUGUCUGGCUACAACUCCAGAUGGGCCAAGAUAAUUCUUCCACGAAUCAUCACCAGUCAGAACUCAACAGACAACAACAUAGCUGCGGUCACUGUCUUCUUUGGAGCCAAUGACUGUGCACUGGAAGAUAAAAACCCCCAACAACACGUCCCCGUGCAGGAAUAUUCAGAGAACCUGAAGGAGAUGACCAAGCUUCUGGCUUCAGCUGGAGUGUCACCACACAAAGUGAUCUUCAUCACCCCUCCUCCUGUUCAUGAGCAAGCCUGGGAGAAGGAGUGUAUUUUGAAAGGAUGUCCUCUCAAUCGCCACAACUCUGCAGCGGGACAGUAUGCCCAGGCGUGCGUGCAGGCUGCCGGUCAGUGUGGUACAGACGUCCUGGACUUGUGGACGCUCAUGCAGAAAGAUGGACAGGACUACACAGUCUAUCUGUCUGACGGGUUGCAUCUCUCAGAGAGGGGAAACCAGUUUGUGGCUCAGCAUCUGUGGAAGCUGCUUGAGAGUCGCGUGGCUGACCUGCCCUUCAUCCUGCCCUACUGGGGAGACGUGGACGCCAAGAGCCCAGAGAGCAGCCUCCUCUGUGACCAGUGAAAGCUUUGGAGAACAUUGUCCUGUAAGAUCCUGUGGGGCUGGAUAAUCCGUGGAGAACAAAUCGCUCAACAGCAUUCAUGUGUUGCACUUGCUACAAAUCCCUAGUAAUCUGAAAGCCUGACUGAACUACUAGCAUUCCUGCUAUGAAACGAUGAAGCGUUUGUGAUUUGUACAUGUCAGAUGCGAGACAGCGUGAUUGAAAUGCACAAUAAAGAUUUUUAUUUUUA